UCGUGCUCUUACUGUUGUUAUAUCUUACUACUGUUCGCUAUCUCAGGUAUCAGCGCCUACAUGCGGUGCAAGUCCGAUUCGGAUCCUGCGCCACGGCCCCCAGCCCUUCUGAAGCUCAGUCUAUUCUACAAGAGACGCUGCUAUACGACAUGCCUUUUUGUACACGACUCGGAGCUCAGGUCGCCCUGCUCAAAACAUACGGAAUCGUGAGCUGCUAUAUACUUACACAGAUGUAUGUGCCCUUGGUAUUCACUUCGACAGCCAUCCAUCUCGGAACUACUCCUGCACACUGGAGAAUUUUCUACUGAACAAAAGCUCACAAAGAGGAUAACUGAUACGGCACUUCUCAUCUCGACUUUCAUUUCAUGCCCCUUGGAAGGGUCGUCAACGGCAGCAAAAUCGACACCAUGUCUAGCCCCAAGAGGCAAUAUUGCACUUGCCAGAAUGAAUUGGCUUCAUCGACGUUACAAGAUCUCAAACGAUGAUUUACUGUACACCCUGUCUCUUUUCGUUUUGGAGCCCAUGCGUCUGGUGGCGCGUUAUGACUGGCGCCCCUUCAGCGACGAGGAGGCGGAGUGCAAUUUUCUGAUGUGGAAGGACAUUGGCCGACGAAUGAGCAUCAAAGACAUUCCAGAGACCCUCAAGGAACUGGAAGAAUGGAGUAAAGAAUAUGAAACUGCGUACAUGGUGCCAUCCGAGAGCAGUCAUUGGCUAGCUAUUAUGGCACUGGGUUACAUCGGAAAACGAGUACCGAAUAUACCCGGUGCGCGAUCUUUGGUGCGAAGUCUAUUCAUAUGCAUGAUGGACGAUCAACUACGAAUGGCCGUGGGGCUUCCGGCACAGCCGAAAUAUGCACACCUUUUUCUUAGAAUGAUUUUUGGGUUUAGGGCUUUCAUCACCAGGCACUGCAAACUUCCACGAUUCAAGCCUCACGGGUAUAUUGUUAUCAAGGAUCCACCACAUAGUACAGGAUCAGAUGGACUCAUACGUCUUCAUACAAUUGUCCGGAGACAUCAUCCUUGGUAUUAUCCUGCCCCAAAGGGAUGGCGCUUCUUCUGCGAUUGGUUUCUUGGCUUCACAAGCGGAGACACCUAUCCCGGUCCGGCGUUCAAGUCGGAGGGAUAUCGCUUGGAAGAACUGGGACCAACCCGGUUCGAACAUUAAGUGAUGGCAGAAGCAGAAGAACUUUACGGAGCGCCAAUUGAAAAACCUUGGUCCCGUUGAUUCUCCUCUGCGACUCCGAGUCUUAUGC